AUGGCUCCGCCACAGAAAUAUAGCGUGAUGGUCGCCGCCGCUAUCAAGGCCCUUGGAAUGAGCAAGGGUUCGAACGUCAACGCCAUCACAAGAUACAUCAUGUCGAAAUACCGUGGAGUCAGCAAACAGAAGAAGUGGGUUGCACUUCAAGUAAAGUUGGCGUUGAAGCGUGGCCUUAAAACUGGCAGCGUAAAAUCAUCCUCCAAAAGGCGAGGUGCCUUCCGCGCCGGCAAAGCAAAGAAAGCAACAAAGAAGAGGAGGGCUGCAAAGAAAGCAGCAAAGAGGGGUGGCAAGAGGAAAAGGGCCGCAAGAAGGAGGCGCAGGAGGACCCCAUCCCCAGCGCGACGAGCAUCUCCACGCAGGGCAUCACCUGCCCGCAAACAAAAGGCAGCAGCAAAGCCAAAGAGAAGGAGUUCUCCAAGACGGGCAGCAAGAAAAGCCACAGCUUCGAAGAGACCAGCAAGGAGGGUAGCCGCAAAGAAAGUAAGGAGAGUAAGGAAGGCAAAAAGAGCAGCUCGACAGGUGAAAUAUGUUCAACGUAGAACAAGGACUACAAGGAGAGCAGCCAUCAAAGCAAGGAGAGCAAUGAAGCGGUGUUAUUAA